AUGGGAGAGAAGAGGAGCAGGAGUCAGCCUCUAAUCGGCACCACCUGCACUGGGCCGCAGCAGCAGCAGCAGUCGGGCGCACCGACCGAAGCAUGCCCCAGCGCAGCCAUGACUUGCUCGGCGUCAGAUAGCGAGAAGAUCGUGAUCAACUGCGGUGGGAUCCGACACGAGACCUACCGGAGCACCCUGAAGACGCUGCCGGGGACGCGCUUGUCUUGGCUUACCGAGCCCGACGCCUACAGCAACUUCGACUACAACCCCAAGUGCGACGAGUUCUUUUUCGACCGCCACCCGGCCACCUUCGCUUUCAUCCUCAACUAUUACCGCACCGGUAAGCUCCACUGCCCCGGUGAUGUUUGUGGGCCCCUCUUUGAGGAGGAGCUUGCCUUCUGGGGCAUCGAUGAAACAGACGUGGAGGCGUGCUGCUGGAUGAACUACCGGCAGCAUCGCGACGCAGAGGAAGCCCUGGACAGUUUUGAGACCCCCGAGCCAGAAGAACCCUUAGAUGACCCGGCACUCACCGGCGGGGCAGAUGGUGACCUGAAGCGGCUCUGCAUGCAGGAGGAUGGCCGCAGGGCGACGUGGUGGCAGGUGUGGCAGCCCAAUAUGUGGGCGCUGUUCGAAGACCCCUAUUCAUCCAAAUACGCACGGUAUGUGGCAUUUGGGUCACUCUUCUUCAUCCUCCUCUCUAUCUCCACCUUCUGCUUGGAGACCCAUGAAGCCUUCAACACCAUCUACAAUAAAACGGAGACAGUCAUCGAUGGAAACGUGACACGUGACGAGAUCGUGUAUGAGGUCGUCACUGAUGGCUGGCUGACCUGGGUGGAAGGCACGUGUGUCAUUUGGUUCACCAUUGAGGUGAUGAUGCGUGUCCUCUUCUGCCCUGAUAAGGGAGAAUUCUUCCGCAGCGCCCUGAACAUCAUAGACUUUGUGGCCAUUGUGCCAUUCUACCUGGAGGUGGCACUAAGUGGCCUCUCCUCCAAAACAGCCAAAGACGUGCUGAGCUUCUUGCGUGUGGUGCGAUUUGUUCGUAUCCUGCGUAUAUUCAAGCUAACCCGCCAUUUUGUUGGUUUACGAGUUCUUGGCCACACUCUGCGGGCGAGCACCAAUGAGUUCCUGCUGCUCAUUAUCUUCUUGGCGCUGGGCGUCCUCAUCUUUGCUACUAUGAUUUAUUACGCUGAACGCAUCGGUGCAGACCCUGAUGAUCCAACAGCUGCAGCCCACACAGCUUUCAAGAACAUCCCCAUUGGCUUCUGGUGGGCUGUGGUGACCAUGACAACACUGGGCUAUGGGGACAUGUACCCUGAGACAUGGUCUGGAAUGCUGGUGGGUGCUCUCUGCGCCUUAGCUGGUGUGCUAACCAUCGCCAUGCCUGUGCCCGUCAUUGUCAACAACUUCGGCAUGUACUACUCCCUGGCCAUGGCCAAGCAGAAGCUUCCCAAGAAGAGAAACAAGCACAUCCCCAGAGCGCCGCAGCCAGGCAGUCCCAACUACUGCAAGCCAGAUGCCCUGGCAAUGGCAACUGCCUCACCGCACAGGCUGAUGGGCAAUGUUAUUGGGCCAGGCAUGGUGGGAUCUGGCAGCAUGAUGGGCACUGGGGACUGCCCACUGGCACAGGAGGAGAUCAUAGAGAUCAACAGGGCAGACUCCAAACAGAAUGGGGAUGCAGCGGCCAAUGCAGCAGCCUUGGCCAAUGAGGACUGCCCCACCAUUGACCAGGUCCUAGGGGACGAGCGUAGCCCAGCAACUGGGGGUCUUGGCUCCGUCACCAGCCGUGAGCGUUACCCGCAUGACCGGGCCUGUUUCCUGCUGAGCACCGGGGAAUUCCAGCGCACGACGGAUGGGAACGUUCGGAAAGCCACGGGUUAUGAGAAGUCGCGCAGCCUCAAUAAUAUCUCCGGGUUGACGGGCGCCCCACUGCGCCUAACCCCCAUCACCAACUCCACCUUUGAACCCUUCGAACCACCUGGACUCAGGCGAUGCCACUCCCCUAUUCCCUCUAUCUUGUAG